AUGAUGAAUUUUCUUGCAUUGAUCUCUGCAUUUGGGUUAAUAGUCAUAGCCCAUUUGUUACACCAUGGAUUUACAGAGGCCACUACAACAUUUAUGUACUUGUCAAAAUCCAAAGGAACUGUUAAAACCAUCGAGACCGACUACGGAGAUAUUAUCGAUUGUGUUAAUAUCUACAAACAAAUCAGUUUUGACAAUCCAUUUAUUAAGAGCUCGCAACUCGAUCUUAACUUGGAGCAGAUGAAAAGGGAUAACUAUUUCCCCAAGAAUAAGUUUGUUCAGGACUGGCAUAUAUAUGGAGAAUGCCCAUUUCAAACAGUCCCUAUUCUAAGAUCCCGUAGACGUCAAACUUCCUCGUUUCAUUCACUUCCAGCCAUCAAAAAUGUUGCAUUUAGGAAUCAUGAGCAUGCAAUGGUCUCGAAUAAAAAAGGAAACUACUACGGAGGUUCUGCAAUAUUCAGUGUUGCAAAACCUCGAACUGAGGAAGGUGAUUUCAGUUCAGUGCAACUUUGGCUCGCAACUGAUCUUGGCACACCGAAAUCAAACUCUGUUGAAGCCGGUUGGAUAGCAAAGCAAACAGGUGACUGGUGGCUCAAAGUGGACAAUGAAACAAUAGGAUAUUGGCCACAUGAUCUUUUCAGCAAUUUAGGUGCAAACGCCAAUCAAAUUUUAUGGGGCGGAGAUGUCUACUCAAAACCUUCACGUCAUGAGUACCACACGACUACUCAGAUGGGUAUGGGGGCAUUUCCUAGAUAUUACAAAAUAGCUAGUCAUGUCCGCAAUCUUCAAGUCAUGAAGGAGCCAAACGAAUGGAAGACUCCUUAUCAUUGGUCUCUUAAAGAAAUUAUCUCAAACUCUAAUUGUUAUAACUUAAAAUUUCCAAGUAUUUUCAAAAGGAAAAAGGAUUGGGGGGUUUAUUUUUAUUAUGGAGGUUACGGACAUUCUUCCAAAUGUCCAUAA